AUGGUGUGCGACGACGGCCUCCAUGCCUCAUCGCCCCACGGACGUCGCAAGUCGCUCCGAAGACUCGCAUCCACGCGUGGUUUCAAGCCGCGACAUCCUAACGAAUACGGAUGGAUACGCGUCUUCGAAGGCCUCGAACCUUAUGCCAUUGAUGCACCAAGCAAGCUCGUGAAAGUCUCACUUAGUACAACAGUUGAAGAUGUAAACGAGAAACUCGGUUUUGGCGAAGAACUCACGUUAUGGCUUCAGAUUGGUGGAGAUAAAACGAGGCGUUUGGAAAAGGGCGAAUUUCCUCUUCGUAUACAGGAGAACUUUCUGAUCACCCAUGGAUGGAAGUCGGAAGCGCGACGACAGAGACUGGCAGUUGACCCUGAACUGAAAUAUACAAUACGAUGGUGCGCUGGGCCUUCCGACCGAUCUGGCGGGAUGUUGAGAUCCGGUACUAUAAAUAUUUUAAAAGGACACGUCUUCCCACAAUGGAAGCCUCGGCCGGCUCAUGUCAUCGGUUCUCAAUUGCAUUCUUUAGGAUCAAAUUGGGAAAUGUUAGAAUUAAGUGGAGGAAGUAUAGAGCUUUGCCCGCCGAAAGCACAAAAAUUGGUGAUCUGCGUCAAACCUCGUUGUCAGGGUAACCAAAUAUCAGGAGAAGCGUCUAUGAAUCACGUAUUCCUUGGAUUCAACACCGCAUGGGAGCGCAACAUGUGGUUCUGCUGGUUAAAAGAGGCUACUCAAAGUACGCAACCGCCAAAUGUUUUGGACCUCAGUGGAGGCGGUGGACGUGGUACUCUGGACUCCGCGCUCGCACAAUAUGCUACUGGACCUUUUGCAGUGCGUGUGUUACGGUUACAAAACAACGCGCUAACAUCACCGCCUGCGCAACUGUGGGACAUGCAAGCACUCACACAUUUGGACAUCAGUGAUAACCGCAUCACCGACCUACCUGAAGAAAUAUGCCAAUUAACUCAACUAGAAGAACUUAAGGUUGGCGAGAACGAGCUUCGUUCUUUGGACUGCGUUUUAAAAUUGCCCCGCUUGCGAAUCCUUGAAGCGGCAAAUAAUUUAAUCACACACUUUGGAAAAAACAACACACAAAUGCCUCCGAACGAGGAGAAUAAGUCCGAUUAUCGGGCACCCUUGACCAACGUUGACCUCAGGCAUAAUAGGCUGAAGGGAAGCAUUAUACUGGGUAACUAUGAGGUCGUCGAUUGCUCAUUCCAGCACCUGGUAACAUUGGAUGUGUCCCACAACUCCGUGGAAGUGUUAGUGGUGUCUGCACUGCGAGGACUGCGCGAGCUCUACGCGGCACAUAACACAUUACAGCAUCUAGCUCUGCAUGGUGCUUCAUUACGGAUCUUAAGAGCACCUCAUAAUCAACUAGAGAGCUUGACUACUACGGUCCCACCGAUAAAUCUAGUUGAAAUAGACGUAUCUUAUAACAAAUUAACAUCGUUACCACAUUGGCUCAGCGGUUGUUCGGACCUUACAACUAUUCGUGCAAGCAAAAAUCAAUUAACUUCACUUCCUGAACAUUUAUUCUGUAGUGAGCUUUCCAGUCUGUGCAAACUUCAUCUAGCUCAUAAUAAAAUUUCAAAUAUCCCUUCAAUGCCAAGACUAAGAGCACCAUUGAAAGAAUUACUGCUCCAUGACAAUUGUAUACAAUCUCUACCAGAAAAUUUCUUUUCAGUCUGCGACAGAUUGUAUGAGCUGAAUCUUUCAAAUAACAGAUUAAAUCGUUUACCUCCCGCUCGCGGUCCAUCAUCGUAUUCCUUAGAACGAUUAUAUUUAUCUGCAAACUGCUUAACCGAUGAUGUCUCAAGCGUCAUUAUUGCCUUCCGAGGACUGAAAAUUCUUCAUAUAGCAUAUAAUUGCCUUACAAAUUUACCCGACGGAUGCAUAAAUUUUUGGCCUGAUAUAGAAGAGCUAGUUUUAUCAGGAAAUUCUUUUACGAGACUACCUGAAAGUUUACCUCAACUAAAUCAUAUAAGAAUAGUAAGAGCACACUCUAACAGAUUAGUUUCUGUUCCAAUGUUUGCUUGCAGUGCAUCAGUUAAAAUUUUAGACUUUGCACACAAUGAACUUGAUAGUAUUGAUCUAAGACUUCUUGCCCCGAAGCAGCUUAAAUUUCUAGACAUAUCUUGCAAUAAAAAAUUACAAGUAGAUCCCUCGCAGUUCAACGCAUACAGAUGCCAACGUCCUCUAAGUUUGGUCGAUGUAAGUGGAAGAAAUUCAUUAUCUUGGGUACAGAAAAGUGGUUACCAUGAAGAGUUAAAUGGUCACACUCCAUGGGCUACGGGAUUUUCAGAAUGUCCGAAUAAAUUAUUACAGCUUUGUUGUGCUCAAAUCCGUCUACAAUCUUUUUGCAACAAAGAAGGUUUCUUUGCUAUAAUCGAUGGUGAAACUGAUAUGGAAGUGCCAAAAAUUUUACAAUCUAGUUUACCUGGAUUGUUACUUGAAGAAAAAUCAAUAAAAGAAACCGUCAAUGAAUACAUGAAAUAUGUUGUACUAUCAGCACACAGGGAACUGAAAGAAAAGGGACAAAAAAAGGGGGCUUGCUUGAUAAUGUGUCACCUUACUCCUAUGAAUUCACCAGAAAAUGGAUUUGGGCAAGUAUCGAAAAAGUAUUAUAUGAGGCUCGCAAAUGUUGGAGACACGAAAGCAGUGCUAAGUAGACGAAACGGUCCUUUAAGUUUAGGAACUGAAAAUAAUAAGCGAUUAGGUUACUCUACACGAUACCCCAACACAGUUCCCGAUCCUGAUGUCAUACAAACAGUUAUAAAGGAGGAUGAUGAGUUUCUUAUAAUGGGUAACGGUAAAUUCUGGAAAGCUAUUAGCAUAGACAUGGCUGUAUCUGAAGUUCGAGCUGAACGCAAUCCAGUUCUUGCAGCGAAAAGAUUGCAAGAUUUAGCACAAAGUUAUGGAGUAGAGGAUUGUAUAUCAGUUAUGAUCAUAAGAUUCGAUACUGUGAGAUCUGAUGUUGAUAUGUUAAUGAGGGAAUUGAGACAGACUAUAAGCAGUAAUAAAUCUAUGUGUAGGGCAGAUUGUUGCUGUUCACGAAUGGAACCCUGUUGUCACUCCGCUACACCGCCCAAACCUAGUAGCGAUCGCUCAUCACCAAGUGGGCAAAGUGAUCGACCACCAAGUGAAGCUGUUAGUCAUCAACACUAUGCUAGUGUGAGGUCACAGCACAGACCAUCAGAACGAAGAAGCUGCAGAGGGGGAGUCGCACGAGCAAUUCGUGUCCGGGUCGAUGAAGAUAAAGAAGAUGACUCUAAAAUCGAUGAACUUCCAGACUCUGAAGAACAAUUCAAAUGCUGGGAAUAUAUGUUGGAACAGAACACGCAAAUGUUAUUCGAUAAAGAACUAGAUAAUUUGUCUAAAGGUAUCAAAUCAAACGUUAGUAGCUUGAGAAACGUUAAAGGAUUGUCCGGUAGCAGUCCUCAGUUACAUAUAACUGGAAAACAAAGUAAAGGUGUUCCUUUUUUAUCCAAACAUUUCGGUAGUGCAAGAUCAUUUGGGACAGCUUUAAAGCCCGAUAUAAGAUUUGCGUCGGGGAGAGUUCCAAACGGAGGACCGAAUGCAGCCUAUUUUGGUUCAUUGCAACGUUUAAUGCCUUACCAUUUAGAGUAUGAUUUUGCUGUGAUACAAGAGAAAAACACACAAUCUGAGGAUUCGUUAGACCUUGAAGGUCGCAUGCAACACUAUUGGGGUGUUGCCACUACAGAACUGUAAAUAAACGAUAUAUUUAAGUAUGUAUUAUAUAUGAGCUAUUAAAAUAAAACUUCCAAAUAAAUUAGCGUAUUUAUAUACCGUUCAUCUGUCGACUAGAAUUUUUGCACAAAGUUUUUAUCACUAUUAUGGACUUAGGGAAACUAGAUUUACUUAUUAAAUAUCACAUUAACAAAUAAAUAUAAUAUUGAAAUACUGAAAAUAAUAUCCGUUAAAAUCAUAUAACAGUAAGAAGUGUCAGUAAAAUCAUUAUGUUAAUAAUUGUUUAUAAAGAAUUUAUCUUAUUAACGCUUUUCAUACACGAUACUUAUUUCACUAUAAUUUAUUUACAGAUAACCUUGAUACUUAUAAGGCGUUUAAAUAUGUCAAUUUGUGCUUCAAAUCACACAUAAUAUCUUAUAUACAACGUAGUGCUUUAUCAUACUAAAAUUAGUGGAAACCCUUAAUAUUUACUUAUAUACAAACUUCAACAACUCUAAUUAAAUGUAGUUGUAAGUAAAUGAAGUAAAUUUACUGUCAUUUGUUUAACAAAACUUUCUAUAUGCUUUAAAAAGAUGUAUUUUUAUCUACUGGAGUAUGAUGUAGGUACAUUUAAAAUUCACUAUAUCAUAAUCCAUACUCAUAACAUUUUUAUACAUACAUAUUGUAAUAAGUAUGAUUUAUUUUAGACUAUUUUAAAACAGGAGAGUUUAACAAAUAAAGAUGUUCAAUAUAAUAAGGAACAAACCAAAACAUUAAUUCUAAUUGCAGUUCAAAAACAAAUACUUUCUCAUCUUAAUACUGUAAUAACAUGUAUGCAGAUUUUAGUUUCUUCUUGCACAUCUUUAAUUUAUGUAACAUCUAUAGAUAGGUAUUAUACCAAUUAUAGAUAUUUUACUUUAUUUCAAUGAGGACAUCCAAGUAAUUUUCCAACUCGUUAUCUAAGUAUCACCAGAAAUA